CUUCAGUCUCAGUCUCUCUGUCUCUCCACUGGCACGGCUGCUGCUGGGACCUACAUACACCAACAGACAGAAACACACACCACCAUGAGUUGCUGUAACAAGCUGUGUGGGCUAAAGGCUGGAAUUGCGGCUGGAAUUGCGGUGGCCAUAUUAGGUAUAAUCCUUAUCCCUGUGGGGAACAAUAUCAUCCGUGAGACUGUUACAACGGAGUCGGUCAUCGAGCCUGGGACCACAGCCUGGGACAACUGGGUGUCUGCAGAAGUACCUGUGUACAGACAGUUCUGGCUCUUUGACGUGCAGAACCCACUGGACGUGGUGGAGAAUGGGUCAAAGCCAAAAUUGGUGGAGAAAGGGCCCUACACAUACAAGACGCGGUACCUGCCCAAAGAGAACAUCACGGCCAACCCAGAGAACCACACCAUCUCCUUCCUGCUCCCUGCGGGGGCCAUCUUUGAGCCGUCCAUGUCUGUGGGGUCUGAGGAGGACAGUGUCACCUCUCUCAACCUGGCUGUGGCUGGUGGGUACAAGUUGUUUCCUCCAUUGUUACUGGAAGCUGCAAUAAAGUUAAACAAUGUCUCACUGUUCCAGCGACGCACAGUGAGGGAAAUACUCUGGGGUUACAAAGACCCCAUUCUGAAAGGGACACUGGGCCUCUUUUUUCCUUACAAUGGUACCUAUGAUGGGCCAUACAGGGUCUUCACAGGCAAGGAUGACAUCUCUAAAGUGUCUAUCAUUGACAGUUGGCAGGGGGAAAAGAAGGUGUCUUUCUGGAAGGACACAUACUGCGACAUGAUCAACGGCACAGAUGGCUCGUCAUUCUCUCCCUUCCUGGAUAAGAAGAAGCCUCUGUACUUCUUCUCCUCUGACAUCACCAGGUCUGUGUCGGCUGAGUAUGAGAGGAGCCUGAACCUGAAGGGGAUCGAGGUGUACCGGUUCAAACUACCCCCGCUCACCUUAGCCUCCCCUGCAGUCAACCCAGACAACCAGUGCUUCUGCACGGACUCUGUGGUCACUAAGAACUGCACAUUGGCCGGAGUCCUGGACAUCAGCGCCGCUCGCGGACAACCAGUCUACAUCUCCCUGCCCCACUUCCUGCAUGGUAGUCCAUACCUGGUUGAAGAUGUGGAGGGCCUUAGUCCUAGUGAGGAGCAUCACGUCACGUUCCUGGAUGUGGAACCGACCACAGGGUUCAGUCUGAGGUUCGCUAAGAGACUGCAGGUGAACAUGAUGUAUGGCCCCUCCAAGAUCAUCACUGUGUUAAAGAAAGUGAAGGAUUACACCAUAUUCCCUAUAGUUUGGCUAAACGAGACGGCAUCCCUGGAUGACGAGACAGCAGACAGGUUUAAGAAGGAGCUGUUAUCUCGUAUUGACAUGCUUGAGACGGUGCAGUUCACACUGAUAGGCUUAGGGUUAUCUGCCUUUGUACUCUGCAUAGUGGCCCAUUGUUUGGUAAGCAGAAACGACAACAAGCUUGUGUGAGAGGGACAAUGCAGCUGUACAACAGAGGAACAGCGCGGGUACACGGAUAUCAGUGUACUGUAACUUUUAAUAUCUCUUAAUUUCAAUGUUAUUUACAAUGUAAAUAUAUAUUGUAGGCAUUGUGUGAGUUAGAAUGUACAUUAUUUUGUAAAAAUUAUUAUAAACUGUUCUUUCAUGUAAUUGUAAUUUGAUUUGCACACACCUCGCUGCUAGAUUUUGGUCAGGGAUCUUGAAAGCUAGAAUAUACAGUGGUUGAAAUUGCUGUAACAUUCAUGUAGCUAACAUUCAUGACUCCAAUAAAAAUAAAUAAAUGCUGAUUCAAAUGUAUUCAGCUUAAUCUUG